GCGGCGCCUGCCCGCACCGCGCGGCCAUGGAGAAGAUGGCGCGUGUGACGACGGCGCUGGCCGGCACCGCGCUGACCGGCCGCACCAUGCACUGCCACCUGGACGCGCCGGCCAACGCCAUCAGCGUGUGCAGGGACGCCGCCCAGGUGGUCGUGGCGGGCCGCAGCAUCUUCAAGAUCUACGGCAUCGAGGAGGAGCAGUUCGUGGAGAAGCUGAACCUGCGCGUCGGCCGCAAGCCCUCGCUCAACCUCAGCUGUGCCGACGUGGUCUGGCACCAGAUCGACGAGAACCUGCUGGCCACGGCGGCCACCAACGGCGUGGUGGUCACGUGGAACCUGGGCCGCCCGUCCCGCAACAAGCAGGACCAGCUGUUCACGGAGCACAAGCGCACGGUGAACAAGGUCUGCUUCCACCCCAGCGAGGCGCACGUGCUGCUCAGCGGCUCCCAGGACGGCUUCAUGAAGUGCUUCGACCUGCGGCGCAAGGACUCGGUCAGCACCUUCUCCGGCCAGUCCGAGAGUGUGCGGGACGUGCAGUUCAGCGUGCGGGACUACUUCACCUUCGCCUCCACCUUCGAGAACGGGAACGUGCAGCUGUGGGACGUGCGGAGGCCCGACCGCUGCGAGCGCAUGUUCACGGCCCACAACGGGCCCGUCUUCUGCUGUGACUGGCACCCGGACGAUCGGGGCUGGCUGGCCACCGGCGGGCGCGACAAGAUGGUGAAGGUCUGGGACGUGACCACACACCGCGCCAAGGAGGUGCACUGCGUGCAGACCAUCGCCUCCGUGGCCCGCGUCAAGUGGCGGCCGGAGUGCCGCCACCAUCUGGCCACCUGCUCCAUGAUGGUGGACCACAACAUCUACGUGUGGGACGUGCGCAGGCCCUUCGUGCCGGCCGCCAUGUUCGAGGAGCACCGUGACGUCACCACGGGCAUCGCCUGGCGCCACCCGCACGACCCCUCCUUCCUGCUGUCCGGCUCCAAGGACAGCACGCUGCGCCAGCACCUGUUCCGUGACGCCAGCCAGCCCGUGGAGCGCGCCAACCCGGAGGGCCUCUGCUACGGCCUCUUCGGGGACCUGGCCUUCGCGGCCAAGGAGAGCCUGGUGGCCAGCGAGCCGGGGCGCAAGCCCUACGCCGGCGACCGGCGCCACCCCAUCUUCUUCAAGCGCAAGCCGGACCCCGCCGAGCCCUUCUCGGGGCUGGCCGCCAGCGCCCUCAGCGUCUUUGAGACGGAGCCUGGCGGUGGCGGCAUGAGCUGGUUCGUGGACACAGCCGAGCGCUACGCGCUGGCCGGCCGGCCGCUGGCUGAGCUCUGUGACCACAACGCCAAAGUGGCACGGGAGCUCGGCCGCAACCAGGUGGCACAGACCUGGACCAUGCUGCGGAUCAUCUACUGCAGCCCCGGCCUGGUGCCCGCCGCCAGCCUCAACCACAGCGUGGGCAAGGGCAGCACCUGCGGCCUGCAGCUGGUGAACAGCUUCAGCCUGAAGGAUGUGACCCCAGGCCUGGGCAGUGAGACCCGGCUGGACCGCAGCAAGGGCGACACCCGCAGCGACACAGCUCUGCUGGACCCCUCCACCUCACUCAUCACCACCGAGGAUAACGAGGAGACCGAGGGCAGCGACGUGCCGGCCGACUACCUGCUUGGGGACGUGGAGGGCGAGGAGGACGAGCUUUACCUGCUGGACCCAGAGCAUGCGCACUCCGAGGAGCCAGAGUAUGUGCUGCCCCAGGAGGCCUUUCCCCUGCGCCAUGAGAUCGUGGACACGCCACCCGGGCCCGAGCACCUGCAGGACAAGGCCGAGUCCCCGCACGUGAGCGGCAGCGAGGCGGAGGCGGCCUCCCUGGCGCCGGCAGACCCCUCCUUCUCGCUCCUCUCCGUCUCGCAUGCGCUGCACGAUAGCCGCCUGCCCCCCGACUUCUUCAGCUCCCUGGUGUGUGACAUGCUGCGCUUCUACGCCGAGCAGGGCGAUGUGCAGAUGGCCGUGUCGGUGCUGGUGGUGCUGGGCGAGCGCGUGCGCAGAGACAUCGACGAGCAGACCCAGGAGCACUGGUACACGUCCUACAUUGACCUGCUGCAGCGUUUCUGCCUCUGGAACGUGUCCAACGAGGUGGUGAAGCUCAGCACCAGCCGCGCCGUCAGCUGCCUCAACCAGGCCUCCACCACGCUGCACGUCAACUGCAGCCACUGCAAGCGGCCCAUGAGCAGCCGCGUCGCGCAGCGCUACGCCUUCUCCAGGCCCGUGGUCCUGACCCGGCUCACGGACAACGCGAGGUUCCGGGCCCUGUGCUCCCGGGAGAGGCUGCUGGCAGCCUUUGGGGACAGAGUGGUCCGCCUGAGCACGGCCAACACCUACUCCUACCGCAAAGUGGACCUGCCCUUCCAGGAGUACGUGGCACGGUUGCUGCAGCCCCAGGACCCCACCUCACUGGGCAACGACACCCUGUAUUUCUUUGGGGACAACAACUUCACUGAGUGGGCAGCACUGUUCCAACACUACUCCCCGCCCCCUUUCGGCCUGCUGGGCACGAAGGCCGCGUACAGCUUCGGGGUUGCAGGGGCCGGCUCGGGGGUGCCCUUUCACUGGCAUGGGCCAGGCUUCUCAGAGGUGAUCUAUGGCCGCAAGCGCUGGUUCCUGUACCCCCCUGAGAAGAAGCCCGAGUUCCACCCCAACAAGACCACGCUGGCCUGGCUCCAGGACACUUACCCAGCCCUGGCCCCAUCUGAGCGCCCCCUGGAGUGCACUGUCCAGGCUGGUGAGGCGCUCUAUUUCCCUGACCGCUGGUGGCACGCCACGCUCAACCUGGACACCAGCGUCUUCAUCUCCACCUUCCUCGGCUAGCCAGGUCGGCCUCCGGCUGGC